GGGCGUCUGAUUAUUUCGGGAGUCGUCGCAAAGCUAAGCGAAGAUGGACGCUGAAGGCAUGGUAACCGCCAUUAUGAGCGAAAAGUACUUCAAGAGCCCCCACGAUUAUGAUCAGGAGCCGAGAAUGGAGGCGGUCCCGGGAGUGGAGAUUGUGCCAUGUGGCACAAUCUCUUGUGACAAAAUCAGCAGGGACCCGACUGAAAUGACAGUCUCGCAAGACGUCAGUGGGAUCGAGUUCCAAGUACUCAAUCCUGAUAUCAUCAAAAAGAUGACAGGAUUUGCUGUUACCCAGACAAAGGACCUUUUCCCAACAGAUCGUACACGGGGGAACGAGCUGAGCGGGGAUCUGCAUGGGACCAGGGGCCAUCAGGUUGAGUGUCGCAUUUGCUCACAGACGCUCGGCAUGUGUCCCGGGCAUUUUGGUUACUUGGAGCUGGCAGUGCCAUUGUACCAUCCCCACUUCAUCAAACACGUGGCAUGGGUACUUAACAAGAUUUGUUUCAGUUGCUCGUCACUGCGGAAGGAUGCAAAAGAAUGCGCACCGAAAAAGGUUUCCAGUUCAAAGAAGGAUGCUAUUGUGCAAUAUGGCUGCGAACUUUGCAGAGAAUCAAAUAAAGCGGAGCUCAUCACUGUGUCCGAUUUUGUUGAGAAAAAUGCUGAUCCACAAAAGGCACGGAUUGGCAUUAAAGUGAAGAAGAAGGGUGGGGGCAAAGGGCCAUUGAACAAGCAUUUCUGGGUCAACUUAAUGGCAGAAGGCGAUCACAUAGCGCGCUCAGACGGCGAAGUUAAAACCGAGCUCUUCCUCUCUGCAGAGGAGGCUAAGCAAAAACUUCGCAAGAUCUCCAAAAGGGAUUGUCGGGCACUGGCGGUCUCAGAUCCCCAGUGGAUGAUUUUGACUGUUCUUCCAGUCCCUCCUGUGGCAGUGCGGCCCUUCGGAUUUGGCGAUCCGACUGGAGCCAAGCGGAUGGAUCAUCUAACGAGCAAGCUCAAGGAGAUCAUCCUACAAAACAAGCGCGUUCAGAAGAACAAGCUGGACCAGAAUAUCGCCAAGCUGCAGAAUCUUGUUCUGGAUUAUCUUGGGUCACAGCUCAAUAAACUUUCAGGGAAGGCUCUGCAUAACGACGACGGGUGGCGCGUACUGAGCUUAGGGGACAGACUGCGGGCGAAUAAGGUGGACUUGACGACAGAGGAAACGAAACGCAGAGGGAGGAUGCGAGAGAACAUCUCGGGGAAGAGAAGCAACAACAGUGCGCGGUCCGUCAUUGUUCCCGAUGCGAGCAUAGGCCUCGAGGAAGUCGGUGUUCCGCGGAGUGUGGCGGUGAACCUGUUUGUGGAGGAGUCUGUGACGGAAUGGAAUCUGGAAAGUAUGAGGCGUCUUCAGGCGGAGGGCUGUCUGAAGGACAGGUUUUUCCGAGCUGGAGAAGCGACAGCAAUGCGCUGUGAGGGACAGUACACAAAUCUGACGAUCGGCGAUGUUGUUGAGCGUAAGCUGAGAGGCGGCGACAUUAUCGUGUUGAACCGCCAGCCAUCCCUGCACCGUCACUCCGUCGUCGCCUUUCGCGUGCGCAUUGUUCCGACCUCUGCCUUCGGCAUCAAUCCAGUCGUAUGCGGACCGUUCAAUGCCGACUUCGAUGGUGACGAGAUGAAUCUUUUCGUGCCGACAUCGUUGGAGGCGCAAGCCGAGGCGAGGCAGCUGCUGCUACUUCGGAAGCAGGUGGUGUCGUCCCAGGACGGGAGGGCGAUCGUGUCGCUCCGGCAGGACAGUCUGCUCGCAGCGCAUAUGCUGACGUCAGAGUACGUCUUCCUCACCAGACAGGAAGUCAGCCAGCUUGCCAUGUGUGCAGAUGAAUUUGGCCAGCCAACCACCGCCGACGGCAGGUCCGAAAUCCUGCCGAAGCCUGCGAUCUUGAAGUGGCCUGCGCAGAAGCGUCAGAACGGAGAGUCGUCGGGACUGUGGACGGGUCAGCAAGUGUUUGGGAUGAGUCUCCUCAAAGGUUUUGAGUACGACUGGCUGGACGAGGACGGUGUCCUGAUAAAAGAUGGCGAGCUGUUGGUGAGCGAAGGCCUCAGCUCGGCGUGGUUACGCAGCGGACGAAAGGGCCUGACGCAUGCUCUUUGGGAGCUGGGGGAAGGGCCGUUCCGUUGCUCUUCUGGCCGCGGCGUUUUCCAGGAGAGCUUCGCUGUGAAUCAUCUUAACAAAAUCCAGGCGAUCGCGAACGAAUUCCUGCAGAUGAAAGGGUUCAGUGUGGGGCUGCAGGAUUACUGGAGCGAGCAGCACGAGCAACUGAAGAGCAAGGCGCUUGAGAUUCAUCGGCAGUUGAAGAGAGAGGUGGCACACGAGUGGAAGCUGUUGCAUUCGAAACAAGAGGUGGAAGGCGGAAAGGAACCGGCGAAUGACGACGUCAGUCGUCAGCACUCGGGGGGAAGGUUGGCGGCAACGCAUGGACUGCAGGAAGCGCGGCCGACGUCUUGCAGAUGGGACUACAACGAUGUGCAGGACAACCCUGGCGGUGUGUGUAGCAGCUUGCUAACGGCGCUGAAGAGCGGUGUCGAAAGAAUCGGGUCCGAAUUGAUGGCGGUGGCAGGGAAAUCUGAUCACCCGGUUGUGAAAAUGAUUAACGCAGGGAGCAAGGGAUCACCCAUCAACUUCACUAAGCAGUCGGUCUAUCUCGGUUUGCAGUUGUUCAACGGGAAAAACCUGAUUCCGGGCAUGCGAAAUGGCCGAAUCACGGCUCAUUCCAGGCCCAUAGGUCAGCAGGACAGGGGUUUGUCGUUAGAACAACAAACGGGCGUCGGCAGUGGCAGCAGCAGUGGCGGCGGCAACGGUGGUGGCUGCGGAGGAGGGUCGAUGUCCUCAGGGGCGGGGGGGAGGGGUGAAAGCUUGCAGGAUGCAUUUAUCAGGGGUGGGUAUUGGGAAGAGAGGGGGGUGAUCGAUCGGGGUUUGGUGGAGGGGUUGACGCCUUCGCAGUUCUUUUCUCAUUUCAUCGCUGAACGGUACGGCCUCUUGCAAAAGACGGGUGAAAUAAAAGAUCCGGGAGUCCUCCAGCGCCAGCUGUCAAGAGGGCUGGAGGACCUCAAGCUUGCCUACGACGGCACUGUGCGGUUUGGCCCGCAUAUCGUGCAGUUCAAAUACGAGGGGUUAAGUUUGAAGAAGCCGCAGGAGGGUUCGGAAACGGUCGGCUACUGCAUGCGGGAGCUGGUCGACUACGGUGAUUCUGUGGGAGCAGUGGCUGCUCAGGCGCUCGGCCAACCGAUCCAGCAGCUUGUUCUAGAUGCACCACAUCAUGCUGGGCUUGUUGGCGCGACUGUUGCUACACCAGAGUCGCCACCUGUCUCGCAAGCGGGACAACAAUAUCCUUGGUAUCCCAAGACCCUAUUGAACCCACCUGCAACCUUUUCAGGAGACAAGAAGGAUGAGGCUCUCGACACAUGGUUGAGAACGGUACCAGUGUGGGUGAGGGCCAAAAGGACAUUGGUAGAAGAGGAGGUGAUAACUCUAGCAUCCUACUUAGAGGGUUCAGCAGCCCGUUGGCUAAAUGGAUUGGUAGCUUCAAAGGGCUUCGGCAGGAACAUGCAUGAUUGGGCGCAGACCCAUACAUUAGAAAGCUUUAUGGACUUAGUGGAGGCUCGUUGGCACAACCCUCAGCAGGCACAGAUUGCCACUGACGGGCUCUUGAGACUUGAUACUAAAAAGUACAAGUGUGUGCAGGAACUCACCACAGCCGUAGAGCGCCUGAUCGCCGUCCCGGGAGUGGAGUACAAUCCACAAGUCUUGCUGACCAUGUUUCCGAGAUGUCUUCCCACUGACAUUAGGAAUUUAUUAGCCAGCGAGGCUCGCAGAGAGUAUCACACCUUUGAGUCAUUCAGCAAGAAGGCCCUAGACUUAGAGGCUACGCUGGGUGGAGCUCAAACCCCUUCUACGGAUGGGAGAAAGAAGAAGACUCCACAAGAGUGGAAGAAGAAGGGUAGUCGAUUGAUGAUGGUUGAUUCCGAUGGAAAUCAAAUCGAGAUCGAUGAUUUUUCGGAUCUUGUGGAGGGUUCAGAGUUUGACGGCGAGGAGAGUGUUGAGGGUAGCAACCUCGCCGCCGUAAAAUUGGCUCCACACGAAACUCGCAACUGCGUUGAGAGACUGUGCCUAAAGGACCGGGUGCAGCGCCUUAGUAGACCGGUAGCAUCUGCUUUGGCCAACAAAAAGCGCAUGAUGGUGGAGGACUACGUUAAAGAUGUAGUCUGCACCUUCUCCUACCCAGGAGGAGAGAUAAACCAUAAGAUAUCAUUAAUGGUGAGCGACGAGUUGCCCUUUGACAUGUUAUUGGGCAUGUACUACCUCGAGGUUGCCAAGCCUCAGUUUGACUGGGACAAGGUGUUGAAGCACGAGUUGCGUAGUGGGAGAACCGUGCGACUGGCCAAGUACAAAGCCAGUAGGUUAGUAGACUCCUAUGGGUGCUUAUGCGCAUCUGCCUUUUACAAUUAUUAUAAUCAGAACCAAGAGGAAGGGAUGUACUUAGUCUAUGUCUCUGCAAAAGGGGAGGCCGUUAAAACACCCACAAAGAUAGAGACCAUCGUCGCUAAAUACCCAAAUCUGUUCGAGGAGCCUACAGGAGUCGUAGACAGGGAGAUUGUCGAUGCCAUAGAGAUUAUCCCAGGAAGUAAAACACCUAAGGGUAGAAUCUAUGGGAUGGCUCCAGCUGAGUUGGACGAACUUCGGCGGCAACUGAAAGAGCUCACAGAGAAGGGUUAUAUCCGGCCUAGCACUUCCCCCUUUGGCUCACCAGUAUUGUUCGUUCCAAAGAAAGGGGGAACGCUAAGGAUGUGCAUUGAUUAUAGAGGCCUCAAUGCCAUCACUGUUAAGAACGCAGAGCCUCUACCACGCAUCGACGACCUAUUGGAUAGGGUGCAGGGAUGAAGGGAAGAUGCCUUCAAAGAAGUUGGCAAAGUCCACCUACGAGAGGGAACUCUACGCUCUUUACAAGGCACUUGUCCAUUGGAGGCAAGUGACUUGUCCACUGGAGGCAAGUGGAUCAAGACUCAACCAGUUCUCUCCGAUGCACUCAAACGCUGGAUUGAAGUCAUAGAUCAAUAUGAUUUCAAACUAGAUUAUUUGAAGGGAGAGUACAACAAGGUUGCAGAUGCAUUGUCUAUGAGGGCAGAUUACCUAGGUGCGCUGAUUUCUGAGUUUGGUUUGUCUGAGGACGUGACUCGGUCGUUGGAUGAAGCCUACAAGGAAGAUCCCAUCACGAUGGACAUCAUCAACAAAUUACAGGCUAAAGAUAAGGCCACCACUGAUGCGUUUGUGAUGGUGGAUGGGUUGCUCUUUCUUGAGAAGGCAGGGUUCAAGAGGUGUGCAGAUAGCCCCUUCUCACUGGUGGAAGGUCAUGUGCGAUGUCAUCUAUCCGAUCUUGAUGCUCCGGACUUCCUUCUUAAUGCGCGGAAUAUACCCGCACAAAAGACGAGACAAGUAAAACGUGGCAUCAUGGCGGCAAUGCUGGAUGGAUUAGGAGGACUUUUCAGUAAUGCUGGAAAAGCUCUCACCGUAAAUUUGUUUGACGUGGACUGCUUUGUGAAGAAUAGAGAUCUGAACGAUGAAGAUUGGUAUCAGGCUGUCCUCAAUCUUUCAAAGAACAAACCGAAUUCGACAAAGAAAUCACAGUUCUUCCUCAGGCUUGCUAAGGCAAACGAUGGUGUGUCACAGCAUACACGUGCUUGUGAAGUGUUGGGUGCACUUUAUCCUGUGCCUUUGUCGAAGGUACUUGAGGAGACCUGUGUCAGCUUUGAAGAAGAACCGUACGAAAUCCGAACAGACAGACCGGAUGUUGGGCGCCAUGCAUUUCCGUUGGCCAUUCAUUUCAAAUUAUCAAAGGACGCCUUAUCAAAGCACCGUCUGGAUGGGCCAGAAGUUAGGAAACGGCUACGAGUCGCGAAUUCGGCGGGCAUUGUGUGGAAGCACAGAACUACGAGCAAGCUCUACUUCGAUUUCCAAUACAGUGCACAUUGUGACGAGGGUGGCGCCGAAGGUCCGUGCAUUGAGGUCCACUUCGGUCCAAACUGUGGAGGGAACGACAACGACGCUUUAUUGCGCUUCGUGAAGGACAACCUUCUCAUGUCUCUGCAGUCAUCAACCAUCAAAGGAAACAAGAAUGUCAGACGGGCAGACAUCCUUACGGUUGAAGGCGCCGAAGGGGAGGAAUUGGUCGUAAAUGUGGAAAUGGUGAAGGGAAAAGUCUGGACAGGGAUGGCUGAUAUUUGCAUCCCCUUGGAGAAGCUUGUGGAUAUUGAGAAAAGCGAGCCGCGAAGUGUCAUGGAUGUUUACGAGGGCCUGGGAAUCGAAGCUGCGAGGGCAUGCAUAGUCAAGAAAUUGAAGGACAUAUUUGUGUCCGCCGGCCCUGAUAUCUACCAGUGGCAUUUUCACCUCAUCGCUGACUACAUGACCCACUCCGGAAGGCCUGUAGCCUGCACGAAUGCUGGAUUUAAAGAUUUUCUCAAGGGUCUCGACAUGCAAGCUCCAUUCACUGAGGCAUCAUACCAGGGUGUGGCGACGGAUGAGGGCCCUUCGGCAAUGGCCGUUGAUAGGCUCGAUGGGGUAUCGAAGGAGCAAGGUGGAGGGGGAUGGGGACAGAGUGAAAACAAUGCAGCGGAACAGCAGAGCGGAGGGGAUCGUGAACGAGCAUUGCACGGCAAGAGUCGCGGUGAUGGAAAUCAUGAUGCCCGAAAAGGCGGAAGCGAGUGGAGUGGCAGUGGAUGGGGGAGUGAUAAGGCGCAACCCUCAGGAGGAGAUCAGGGAGGACAGGACCGGAACAGUACUGGCAAAGGGGACAUCGGGGGGGGAUGGGGGCGCGAUCAGGCUCAAGCCUCGGGAGGUUGGGCAAAUGCCACCUCAGCGGGUUGGGGAAAUGCUGGUACGGACAAUAUGAUGGAGGGAAAUGGCAGCGGGGGAGACAAUUUGGAGGGCGGGGAAAUGAGAAGAGGGACCAAGGGGACAGAUCGGAAGGUCGCAUGGAACGACAAGCAGGAGGACGAAGGGCAAAUGACAGGGGAAGACAAGCUGGAGGGUUGGAAAAUGAGGAGGGUGUUCAAGCUGAAGGAUGGGGCUUUAACAACAGGGAAGGAGAAGCAGAGGGAUCAGCAAAGGGGAAGGUGGAGGGUGCUAGAGGAUGGGGUAAUGAGAGAGAAGGACGAGACAGAGGCCAGGGAGAUGAAGAAAAGGGGGAACAAAGUAGAGGACAGGAAAAUGAAGAAAACCAACAAGCCGGGUGUCGGAAUAAGGAAAUGGGAGGACAAGAUUCACAAUGGGAAAAUAAAAAGCAAGAUCAGGCUGAGGGAUGCGGAAAUAAACUGGAAGAACGAGCUGGAGGAUGCGCAGAGGACAAAGAAAGACAAGGAGGAGGAGGGUGGGGAAACGAAGGAGGAGGAGGAUCUGGAGGGUGGGGAAGUGCCGAUGCAGAUGCGGCAGGUUGGGGUAAUGGGAAAGAGGGUAAAGAGGGGAAAACAAGUGGUAACCUUGCCGAGGGGGGAGGUUGGGGAGGAUGGGGUGAAAAGCCAGGCAAGCCCGAAGAGGAAAAGAGGGGUAGUAGCAAAGCUUUGGGGUGGGAAAAUGCUGGGAGGGGAUGGAACGGGGGUGGUGAAGGACGUCCUGGGGCAUUCAGGGAAGCGCGAGGACAGAGACAGGAUGGCUGGCAAGGAGGCCGGGGAGGACGGGGAGGGGAGAACGGAGGUGGGCAUUCAAGACCUCCCUAUGGAGAUAGAGAUGGAGGAUCAGAUCCUGGUCAGGGAAGAGGCAGGGGAAUGGCCAGAGGUCGAGGAAGGGGGCGGCAGGCUGAGGCAUUUGGCGAACGGACAGAUAGAGGCGCCCGUGGCGGAGCUGGUAAUGAUGGUAACGUUGAAGGAGGUGGUGGCUGGAAGAGCGCGGGAGGAGGAUGGGGAAGUGGUGGCGGUAACGUUGAAGAAGGAGGUGGUGGUUGGCAGAGCGGGGGAGGAGGAUGGGGAAGUGGUGGAGAUGGAGGGGGGGGGUCCGCAGGGAGGCAGAGGGCAGAUGCGGCGAAGGGCUGGGGUGGGGACAUGGCACCAAGUUGGGGAACGGGAAGAGGGUCCGAAGGGGGACGACGUGAUGGGGAGUUCUCCGGAGGACAACAGAGGUAUCGGGGCGAUAUGGAAAGGGGAGGUAGGGGUGGAGGUGACGAGGGCCGUGGAUCGCGGGGGUGGCCUCCAGCAGGUAGGGGAUGGGGAGAAAGGGGCAGAGGGCGAGGAAGAGGCAGACGAGAUUUCACAGCUCCAGAGGGAAGACGUCAGCCAGAGCGAGCUGACGAGGACCAUGGUCCUGUCAAAGAGUGGGGAGCAACUGCUGAUGUGGGUGAAGGGGGAUGGUCACAAAUGGGAAAGGGCGGAAGGGGGCGAGGGUGGAGCCAAGAUGAACCUGGCGUGGGCGGAGAGGGGGGUAGGAAAAGUCAAGGGGAGGGCUGGGGAGUGGGGUUGCAUGAAGCAACUGGGAAGCCAAACCCAGCAGAAGGGGGGUGGGGAGAUGGAGGUAAGGAAAAUUGGGAGAGCAAAGAUGCGGCGGGUGGCUGGGGACAACACGUUGAAGGAACUGGGUGGGGGAGGGGGACAAACAAAGGAGGGGACAGGAGGGAAGAAGGGAACACCGAUCAAAAUGACAAUAUCAGGAGGAUUUGGAGAUGGACGGGUGGACGGCAAGGCACAGAAAGCAGAGGAGGGAGGAUGGCCAGAAACUAGAGAGGGGGAAUCAGGAGGGGGGGGUGAAGAUGGAUCGGACUUUGGCAACGAUGGUAGAAAGAAAAGUCAAGGAGGGGAAGCAUCGGCAGCAGGAUGGGGAGACGCGGCAAACGGGCGGGGAGAUGCUGGGACCAAGGAGGGGGUUGAUGACAAGACCGAAGGAACAGGAGAUGAAAGGGGGACCGGGGAAAUGAAGGAGCUCAUGAAGGAUCGGAAAGGAGACAUAUGGAUGGAAGAGGUCGGCCAGCUUGGCGAAGUGAUGGGAGAGGAACAGGAGCUCGCACGGCUAUGCAGCCAGCAGGUUGGGGGGAUGGAGGAGGAGGUGGGAAGGAAGAAGAGAGGAAGAGAGAAAUGGGAGGCUGGGGUGGAUGGGGGCAAGAAGGAGAUGGAAAGGUCAAGGGGCCAGCGGGGGUUGGCGAUGGCAUGGAAAGCAGGGGCAAUGAGGAGCAAGGGGGAGGGUGGGGAGAAGGUGGCGGCAAUAGAGGAAGGACAAAUGACCGACAAUACGGACGAGGCAGAGGCGGGCGUGAAGGUGGGAGAGGCCGGCAAGGUUGGAAUGGGGGUGAGGGCGCUGGUCAAGACUCUUGGGGUGGGGAGGGUAAGGGUGGGUGGGAUGAUGGAGGACAGGGUUGGGGGGCAAAUGGAAGCAGGGCGAGUGAGGAGCAGGGGGGAGGGUGGGAGGAAGGGGACCGCAAGAGAGGGAGGACAAAUGACCGACCAUAUGGACGGGCCAGAGGAGGGCGUGAAGGUGGGCGAGGCCGGCAAAGGUGGAACGGGAGUGAGGGCGCCGGGGAGGGUAAGGGUGGGUGGGAUGAUGCAGGACAGGGUUGGGGGGGAAAUGGAAGUGGGGGCAGUGCCAAAGACCUUCGGGGCGGCGGAGGUUUUGAAGGAGGAGGCGGCUGGAGUAAUGACGAACAGGGUUGGGGAGGUGGUGGUGGUCGUGGAACAAGAAUGGGGAGGGGGGCCCGCGGCGAAAACUGGGGUGGUAUGUCACAGGGGGAUGGCGGAUGGCAGGAGCGCGGACCAGGGCGAGGACGGGGAGGUUGACAUCUCCCCUAAAGUUAAAGAUGAUCAAAACUCCCAGCAUCAAGGAAAGAACACUUGCUUCUUCGUAGUGCAGGAGGAUGGCUCAAGAGUUGAUUUCUCCUACCAUAAGUGCCUGCAAUUUCACGCCUCGAAGAUUCACGAGGGCCUCGGCGACGUGUACGCGGCAAUGUUCAUGAGGCGAAGGCAGCCGCGGCCCCCUGCUGCUGCAGCUCAUGAGACAAAGGAACCCGGUCGUGGAGAGGAGUGGGGCGGCAGUCAAGGCCGAGUGCUAGGAGCAGAGGGCAUUCCGAAAGCCGCAGAAGAAGUUAGGCCUUCGUCGGUUGAUCUUCGUGCUACGGAAGCGAUGAAUGUCCUUGAAGGCAAACUCGUCGCUGCUGAUAAGCCUCUGCCACCUCAUGGUCGUAGUGACGGAGACGUUGGCGGGCUUGUAAUGGCAUCUAAUAAGGUCGGCACGGGUGAUGACAGCACUGUAGAGGUCGGGGUUUCCGCCGGUGAUGCCGGCAAUGCCGCAGAUGUUUCCAAGGGUGAGGUUCUCCGCAGAGAUACUGCGGAAGAUGAUUUAAGGUGCACGGAGACGGUCAGCGCUGUCCGCCGUUCCGAGGGUGGUGAUGCAAAGGCCCUUUUGUCCCAGCAGAGACCAGAAACUGCUGGCAAGACCUCGGAUAGCGGUGGUGGCAGUGCUGCAGAGGCGGGUGCCUCCGGUGGUGGUUGCAGCGCAGAUGUUUUGCACGGUGAGAUUCUCUGUAGACACACGUCUAAAGAUGGCUCCGGACUUUUUAAAAUGGUUGUCCCUGUUUGUCUUUCCGAUUCGGAUGAUGAAGACCCAAAACAGUGGGGCAUCACAAUUUCGACUGAUGCUAAGCGAGCAGUGGAACCGAGUCCACCUUCCUCGGCGGCGAUUGACACCACGGUUGAUGUAUCGGAAUGCGACAAGGUUUGGACAGGAAGACGGAGGGAGCGUUCUGUGGCUGAAGAUGUGCAGCAGGCAGAGCAGGACGGAGGUGUUGUCGACGAUGGUGAUAAUAUUAGGAGAAAUGCAGGUGCGAGUGAAGGAAUUUCCGAACCAGUUUUGAUCGAAGAUGAUGUUGUUGCAUCCCCAAUCUCUGGACCGACUGAACCGACUUUAAUCGCAGACGAUGUUGACACACAAAUGAAGGGGACACCGAUUUUAAUUGCGGACGAUGUUGAGGCACAAACGAAGGGCGUUAGUGAGGAGAAUCAGGCCAAUUAGUGAUAAUCGGUGUCCUUUGGCAAAGGAGUUGCUCAUUCUCAGCGGAAGGUGAUACUGACAGUUCAGAGAGAGAGAGAGAGAGAGAGAGAGAGGUGGCAGGGGUGGUUAAAACACAAGUUACUCGCUAGCUUCAAGGGCAUGGCAUAUUUUUUUGUCAUUUUAGUGAUGGGGUUGUGUUUUGUUGAAGGACAACGUGGAUGACAUGGCGGUGGACAGAACUCCUCUGUGCCAUUGUGCAUCCCAUGUCCGUCAGUUCCAGCGGACCGUGGAUGGCACAAAACAACCCCUCUGUUUCGUUGAAGGCUUUUCAUUGUUGCUGGCAGCGGUGACUGCACACAGGACAUGAGACUGCGCACCUUUCUUUUUCUUUUUUUGGUUUGCUAAGAAAAGAGUCCGGAGACAUUUUCGCUGCUGGCUCUCCGCACAACCAAAAC